AUGAAGAGAAAGGAGCUGAUCAUGAACGUUAUUUUGAUCCUUGCGUGCUUCAUUGUGUGCGCGGCAGGCGCGCUGCAGGAGAAGGCGGAGUCGACCACCCCGAUCCCUACCCUGUCUCCUCCGGAGGGAAACACGAGCUUCAUCGACGGUGUCACCUGGUGCGUCGCGCGGCCGGGAGUCCCCCAGGAGGACCUCCAGAACGCGCUGGACUGGGCGUGCGGCCAGGGCGCAGCCGACUGCUCGCCGCUGCAGCCGGGCGGGCAUUGCUACCAGCCCAACACGCUCCUGUUGCACGCCUCCUACGCCUUCAACAUCUUCUACCAGCAGAACGGCAAUUCCGACAUCGCCUGCAACUUCGGCGGCGCUGGAACCAUCACCAAGAGGGACCCAAGUUUCGGGCUAUGCAAGUUCCUGGCAUCUGAGACUUCUGCUGCUUCAGCGCUCGUGUUGAGGAGCAUGAGGAUGAUCUGUGCUGCGUUUCUGACCAUGCUCCAGCUCAGAGUUUUCAAAGCUGUGCGCUGA